AACAAAACAUCUUUUGAGACCAAGGCCCCAAGCCACCGAGGAAAAUGAAGGGCCUCUACCAGGCUGCUGGCUGGAGUCUUGUCACUCUGGGGAGCCUCAGUGUAUGCUCUGGAGUUACUGCUUUCUUCCCUGUGUAUUCUUACAAGCCUUGGUUCGCAGGAUGGAGUGUUCGGAUUGCUUGUCCCAUCUGGAAUGGAGCUUUGGCCAUCACAACUGGUGUGCUUCUACUGCUGGCUUACAGAGCGUGGACCCGGAGACACCUGUGGGAAGCUACUUUCACCUUCGUGAUUUUGAGCAUUAUGGGAUGUCCACUUCACUUUGCAAUAGCCUUGGAAUCUGCUCUCCUGGGCCCAUAUUGCUUCUAUUCAUUUUCAGGGAUUGCAGGGACUAAUUACCUUGGCUAUGCAGUUGCCUUUCCUUAUCAAUAUGCAAAAUUCCCAUUAGCCUGUGUGGACCCACCGCACUAUGAAGAGUACCACCUAACACUUCAAGCCCUCGACCUGUGCCUGAGCUUUGCCCUGUUCUGUACGUCCCUGACGGUGUUCAUCAAACUUUCUGCAAGACUUAUCCAGCAUGGACACAUAAACCCCAACACAUAUCUCCUCAAAAAGUCUAACUUGAAAUGGAUACUACAACUACGGUGGAUAUUUUGUUUAUUAAAUGUAAGGCAUUGCUACAAGAACGGAGGUAGAAUUAUCCUCAACCCGAAGUUUGACAAAUUUGAACCUCAAAGGAGGAACGAGAACACCUGUCACUUUCAACAGUCCUUGGACAUAAAAACGCAGAAAUUCUUGUGACUGCUUCUGAAAAUUUCCAGGGCUUCCAAGUCUCCAGAUUCCAGAAUCCUAUCAGAAAGGAGAUUAAGAAGCCAUUUAGUUUAUGCUCCUCUGAGACAACUUUGACAUGGGAUCCCUGCAACAACUGAACACUUUCUGGGCCACUCCCAAGACAGUUUUGAUGCUAUUAGAAGAAAACUAGUCUGGGAAAUCUUCAACUUACUCUAUCCAGAAAUUAGAUUGAAAUCUCUCAGAUCAUGAUGGAUUUUUUGCCACGUGCGUGUAUUAAAUGUGGCAUUACACAUCAGUGAAGUAUUUUGGUAAAAUGCUGACAAUCUUAUGUUGAAAACCUAAUUGCAAAUUCAAGAGCUGGCUGCGGGUCAGCAGAAACUAGCUGCAUUCAUUGUAGUGUCUUCCCCGUUGCGAUCCAAGGGACGUCAGGGGAGAAAAGGAAAGGAAGGGACUUUCAUUAGAGCCUUUCAUUAAGGACUCCCAUAGGAAAUUACCCAAAAUGUAAGCUGAGGUGCCAAAGGGUUCGUGUUGGCUCUGUUAGAUAUCUGAUAUGUUAUGUCACAAAUAGCAGCCACGUUAACUUGCUGGGCAGUGAAGUAAGGGGAACGGUAGGGAACAGACACACCACACCAGUUACCACCAGCAUACAUUACACAUACAGAAGAUUCCAAUUUAAAAAAUGAAAGAACUAACCUUCCUUUCUAGAAUUACAGAAAACUAUAAUUCACUACACAAUAGGGGAGUCAUUUUUAUAAUCUUUUUGUUGUAAUAAUUGUGUUCUUUAAGCGUUUUUCAUAAAAUACAUCUUUUGCUCCUCAAACAAAGCAGUUCAAUCAUCAAAGUAGGUCACUGUGGCUUUGAGGACAGUUUACAAAUUGGCUUGACUCUGGAGAAAACUUUUGAAGAAAACUCAGUAAUGUGUAGGAGCCUUUAAAACUGAGCUUAACCAUCUGGAUGUGUGGCAUUUGGAAAUGUGGUCUAUAAAAAAAUCUGGAAUUAGGCCACAUCAUAUCCAUAAUCUUUGGGAAAAACU